AUGGCCGAUCUUACUUCUGAGAAUCUACAAGCGUUGCAAGCAAAUCUCCAUGGAGUGAAGUGGUUGAUUAUUAACGAGAAAUCAAUGAUUGGCUUGAAGCAGCUAUACUGGGUCAAUCUCCGUUUACAGCAAAUUUUCCCGACUCCAGAGUCCGAAUCUGCGCCCCCAUUUGGAGGUUUGAAUGUAAUUCUUACUGGAGAUUUCUAUCAGCUUCCCCCUGUUGCCCAGCGUCCGUUAUACUAUAACAAAAAGCUGGAUUUUAUUGAGGAGAUCUAUGGGCAUUCUCUUUAUAAGAAGUUCGACAUUACUAUUGAGUUGAAUGUCAUUCGACGCCAAGAUGAUACUGAUGUGGAUGCUAUUAAAUUCAAAGAGGCACUAGAUCAUCUUCGUGAGGAUGAACUUCAAUUAGCUGAUUGGAAGCUUCUUUGCACUCGCGUCAAAGCUGUUGUUCCUCAUGUGGUUGAGUCAUUCAAAAACGCCCUCCGAAUAUAUUCUAAGAAGGCCGAGGUUCAUGAUUUCAAUCACAGUCGUCUACGUGAUAUUGGCAAUCCCGUCAUCUGUAUCAUUGCAACUCACCAAGGGCUCAACGCAGAGAAGGCAUCAAGUGACGAAGCCGGUAAUCUACAUGCUGAGUUAGAUCUAUCUAUUGGUUGCCGUAUCAUGCUACUUGAAAACAUUUGGACAGAUUAUGGUCUUGUGAACGGCGCUUUUGGAACAGUGCUUGAUGUUGUUUGGGAAGCUGGCACUACAAACCCUCGACAGACACCACUACUACUAUUAUUGGUUCAUUUUGAUUCUUAUGAUGGGCCUGACUGCUGUCUUGUUGAUAAUAAGACUGCUGUUCCAAUCUUUCAGUCACGACGGGAUUUCUCAACCAGUAAUAUUACCUGCUCUCGAACACAGUUUCCAAUAAUAGUCGCUUACGCCAUGACUGUUCACAAGGCCCAAGGUAUAACAGUGGAUCAAGCAGUGCUUAAUAUCACUAAUCGGGACUUCGCUCUUGGACUCACCUAUGUAGCUCUAUCGCGUGUAAAGAAGCUGAGUGGUGUACUAUUUGAGGAAGGCUUUGACUACGAACGCUUUGUCAGGAAAAAGCCACAUCCUACAAUGGUUAUGAGAAAAGAGGAUGCUCAACGUCGUCUAGAGCAGCAUAUUGACUACGUCCCUCUUCCUGAUGCGCUGGUAGCUCGAUCAAGUGCUCAAAUCUUCCAGGCGUCGCUACCAAUACGUACAUCAUCACCCCAAAGAGCCUCUUCCUUGGUACCCCAUGCAUCAUCUCAAACUCCCCCGGUUGACGAUGAGAUUGCAUGA